CCGCAAGGUGGCGCUUAUAGUCUACACACCAGGAACAACUGGAAAACGCAAGGGUGUAAUGCCGACACACCGCAAUGUUAUUGCAAAGCAAGUUAUGUUUGAAAGCUACACAUCAUAUCUUUACCAUGCUACAACAACCCCAGAACCCAGUAAACAACCACACUGCUUGAUACAAUCACUAUCGGCGCUAUCGCCAUGUCAUGUUUUUGGGCUAUUUGCAAUGCGUUAUCAUCCAUUAUUUUCUGCUAUGUGCAUGGUGCAGCUUGUCAAGUUCGAGCCCGCGUUGUAUCUCGCUGCCAUUGAGAGAUUUGGAAUCAGCAGACUGUGUGUAACUCCUGGCACAAUUUACGGCCUUGUUAGUAAUUUGAGCAUGCUUAAAGAUGGUAUGUAUGGUCACUGUUGCUUCUAAUCCUGAGCGCAAGUUUAACAUUGGCUCUGUUAAAGCAAUAUUAUGUGGGGGGACAUCCAUUCCACCCACUAAGCUAAAAGAGUACACAGCAUACUUUGGCGGUACAGCUGUGAUAAUUGCGUAUGGCUCAACCGAAACAACUUUAUUGAUAACCGCAUGUGCAGGCCAAGAAGUACUGCUUGGCUUGCCUGGUGUUUUGUAUCCCAACUCCUCAGCCAUGGUAAUUGACGAGCAUGGCAAUGAGACUGAUAGAUAUGAGGAUAUUUAUAUCUCGGGACCCCAUGUCAUGGCUGGGUAUGUUGGUAAGGGUAUGAGGUCGCCAUUUGUAAAUGGAUUAUAUCACACGGGCGACUACGCUCAGGUGGCAGCUAAUGGAAUUGUAUCUGUUCGUGGCAUGCUAGUUGAUGUUGUGCAUACCAAGAAUGGCCCAAUUGCAUUGGCGGAUAUUGAGAACAUGGCUUCAGGGCAUCCUGCGGCCAAGGACUGUGCUGCUAUUGGAGUUGGCCCAAGGGACGCAGCACAAGUGCUGCUGUUUGUUGUGCUGGCGCCAGGCAUUGUAUCUCCUAAAGGCAUUAAUCAUUGGAUCCAGACUCGCGUGGAAUUCGAUAUCGAGUGCAAGGAAGUUCAGGGAAUCCCAAAGCUUUCAAAUGGUAAUAUUCUUAGGCAAUUUUUAAAGUAGUUUGCAGUGCUGCACAUAUAUACAUGUUUCAAUGUUGCUCGUUAAAGCGCUUAGGUUGAGUGGCUUUUUCUUAUUCGGCUGGCUACAUUUGCCAUCUGCAAUUUAAUAAAUACUCUUCUCUAUCAAUGUAAUUUA